GAGCCCGACCUGAGCGGCUUUGCGCCGGUCAACAUUCUAGUCAAUGGGCGGUCGCUGCGCGAAACAACCGGAAACAUCAAAGACUUUAUCGACAAGGCCGCACCCGAACGCAUCUGGCAGUUUAGCAUCGACGUGCCUGACAACCUGCUUGAGGGCGUAGACCAGAUCUGGGGCUUCGUCUGCUACUUUCCGACCAUAGACGGCCAAGAGACGCUUCCCGUGCCGUACCAAGCCUUGGCGAACAAAGACGAAGAGGCGGCCUACGAAGAGCUGUCACUGCGCAUGCGGGAUCCCGGACUCAACUACUUCUGGGUUGGACGCCUCUUUCCUAAAAUCGAGCGCAAGAGGUUUCCGUGGAUGGAACCGACCCAUACGGCUCGGCGAGUGCCCACAGUGCAGCAGCUUAAACUCCCCAACCAAUGCUUCGAUCGUAUCAAGGGAGCCAUAUUCUUCCCCCGCAGUAUGGUUGCCACGUCGCACAAGCAACAGUUCGGGCUCAACGAGAAGCUGCUCGAGUAUCUCUACAGAGAGCCAAAGGAGCAAGACCAGAGCACCGCAGGGGGCAAGAAGAUGGCCGACCAGUACAAGAAGCUGCGCACCAACUUCCGCAAGGUCCUACAGAACUGGCACAACUUCGACGCCGAGGUGAUACCGCUCGGCCCCAAGGUGGCGAUGGAGGGUCCAAAGCAAGCCGGAGUGUCCUACUACGUUCACGUCCAGUUCCGUGGCGUCGAGUUGAAGAAGGGCGACAAAGUGAGAAUCGUGGAGAACAAGAAGAAGAACAUAGUGGAGUACGGCGAAAUCGCUUUUUUUGAGCUUGAUCGCAAGAGACAACGUCAUCGUUGCCCUGUGGACGCAUAA